AUGUAUUCGCGACUCCUCUUACCCGGUGACAAGAAGGGAGCGAAGCACGCUGCCAAGGAGCUAGAUUCCAUCUCCAAUUCCUUCGACGAGUCGCUCCUCUCUCGCCUUCGGGGCCUAAGCCCUGCCUCUGUCAGCUUGCCCUGGCUCUCCUCCGCCGUUGGCGUGCUCACCUUCGCUCACUGCUCCGUGAAAUCCUUGAUCCACGAGCUGAAAGUGAACGGUGGUGGUGAUAGCCUCUCGUCAUGGUAUUUGGACAACAGCCUGAAGGUCCUGGAUGUCUGCAACUGCAUCUCCUCAGAGAUCGAGCGACUGUACCUCCGCCCCCUGAACCUGAGGAUCGCGAUUGAGCUCCUUGGUUUGGACGGUAACCCAUCGGAGGAGGAGAUUCACCAAGCGAGGGAUUUGCUUGCAGAUUCAGAGGGCAAGGGUGGCAGCGGGUAUGUGAAGUCUGCGGGCAACAUUGAGGAGCUGAUCAGAGACUUGGCCGCGAGCAUCGGAAUGUCAACACCGUGGUGGAAGGUCUCCCCGAUCGAGAGAGUUGUUCGCCGUGCUAUCCAAGCGGUCAGCUUUGUGACGGCGUUCGUUGCUGGAGUCAUAUCUUCGGCCUUGCGCAUUACCUCAGGGGUCGUCGUUUCCAUCCGCAUCCCGAAGGAGUUCCCCUGGGUCGACUCUGUUCGGGCAAUCGAGUCGGCAGUUAUCAUCGAGUCGUCGGGAUGCGGCGAGGCAAGAGCCAGGAAGACGCGGCUCUUGAAGGAGCUCGAAGAUAUGGAGGCACAAGCGAGGCACGUGCUUGAGGUGAUGGACGAGGUGUCGGCAUCCGGAGGCAGCGAAGAAAUCGUGGGGAGGCUGAGGAUUAAGGCAAUUGAACUGGAGACGGCGACCAAGGUAAUGUCAGAGGGGUUGCGCCGGCUGAGUGAGGAGGUGAACGAGCUGUUCCGGACAGUGACGCGGAUAAGGAAGGAAAUGGCAGAUGAGUUCACAGCUAGCAUGCGGAAACCACCAUUGCCAAAGAAGCCACCGAAGCCAGGCAACAACGAUGAAUCUAAGGCGUUUUUGCUGGGAACAAAGAAUGAAUGA